AAACGUGAUUUUUACCCGUGAGACGUUAGGAAGCAUGUUCAGAAACGAUUAUCAGGGUGGACCCAUUGUUGAUAUCUUCAGUGCUCAAGGACAAGAUCCUGUGGCUAAAUGGAAACUAUUUGGCAGGAAACCUUCAAUAACCAAAGUGUUUGACAAAGAAGUAAAGGGUUUUGUAUACAGUCUUGAUGGAAGCAGUCAAACACACAAAAUGCAGUUACCAAAAGAUGGCAAGAUGGCACUUGGAUUGAUUCAAAGGUUCCUCAUUCUACAGGUCAAUGUUCCAUUGGGAAAAGACUUCUCUGCUGAAUUUCUAGUGACAGAUGAAGAACAUCUCAAGAGAAGACUCUACUUGUCUACUGUACACAGAGAACUCUCAGCGACCCCUCUGCAUGCGAGAAUACCUCUAACCUGCCUGAGACGCAAUAUUUGGUGUAAUGUGUGUAUUGAUCUGGACUCGCUCUCCGCUGAGAUAUUCAGAGGGACGCGCUUCCUGUCUUUGGAUGGGAUCGUCAUCUCCGCCUGCUGUAAGCUACGCCGCAUCUUCACGAUGAAAAAUGAACCUGAGGACUCCAUGGAUAGAGAAGAGGUUCCCAGAAGUUGUCAGUUUCCCGGUGAAGUCCAGCAUAUUAUCCAACUGGUGAACAUGAAAACAUUGGGACAUAUUGAUCUGAAGGCUGCGAACUUAGAUUCAGAGGAGACAGGCGCUGUCAAGGCAACCAUCACACGGGGACCAACACCCCGGGACUCCUCCCAUAUUGCGUUCGGGUCAAAGGUCAUUGGACCUCCUCCGCUCACUGCGAGGAAGAGCAACACAUCUGCAAACAAGAAAGCAGACAGAUCGAAGUCUGAACUGAGCCUCAACAUAUCAGCAGAUAAAUGUAGAAAUGAAAAUAUACAACCACGACCGCCACUUGAAAAGCCAUCAGCCGAGAGAACAAGCUCCAGAAGAGCACAGCGAAUUCACAAUGUAGAGAGAGAAAAAUUAAACACAGACAGUGUUUCUACUAUGGAUACAUCUGGGUCAGUUCUCCAGCGUCCGUGCGCUUCUCCACCUCCUGCGUGUGCACAGAGUACAGAUGAUGCUGACCUUUGUGACACAGAAACUGAGCUUUCUCUCAGCGAUGAGGAAUAUGAAGAGGAAGUCUUCACUUUCUCCUCGUGCCCUCACUCAGCCAGACGGAAUCAGGCUAGCAGCAACCCUGUUGAGGAUGUGACCUUUGGCCUUAAAGGUCACAAGCCGGUGUCAGGAGGAGAGCGCAAAGAUGCGCGCCUCGAGGAUGAUUUUGUCGGCAGUGAGAGUGAGGAGGAUGAAAUGCACAUCGAGUUCCUCAUCCAUAGAAACGCAGUCCAUUCUGUUACUGCUCCACCAUCACCUCCCAUACAAAAGCACACAUUCCUACCCAAGUUUUCGCCUGAGCCGGUUACGACCUCAACACACCGUGUCUCUAAAGGCCCUAGAAGGACUGAAGCUGUGCGUAUAGCACCAACCCGUUGCCUCUCACCUAGCAACUCCAGAUACCUGAACAGACCGGACCGCUCCAGAGCUGGUAGAACAUUGCCUGAUGGAGACACCAGUAUAUCUAUUAAGAGAGCAUCUGUUCGAGAGAUUUCAGUUGAGAAUUCUGGUCUUCAAAUCGUGAGCGUCGAUGAGAGGGUUCGACCUUUGGGCUCCAGCAGGUGUGAUCUGAGAAGAAGUGAAAAGAGCGAAGAGGAGGAGGAGGAAGAUGAGCUACAAAUGUUGGCCACUUUGAAGAGAGAACAGGAGGAGGAGCAAAACAGCGACACGGGCGGUCCAGGUCUUACUGCAUCACAGGUUCACCAUUGUAACAUCAGUCUGAGUGCUAGCAGUGAUGACACCUCAACCUGGACUCAGUGUAUUCCGCUGCCAGUUGAACAGGGCCAACACUACCAGAAAGAAAUGAUGCCUCUUCUUCACUCCAAUCCAAGAGAAUGGAUGGAUGUCAUUAGCCCUCCGAUUGUUCAUCCAAAUCAACAGAUGGCAGGUGGCAAAGGAGACCACAGCAAGGUGUCAACAAGAGGGUCUAAGUUACACAACAACAGUGGAGAGGAAGAGUUUCUCAAUUUGAUGUAUGAUCCCUGCCUCAAUUGCUAUUUUGAUCCACAGUCUGGGAAAUAUUACGAGUUGCUCUGAUUUUAAAUGAACUAGAUCAACAGAUGUACAGGAGAUUAAUAUAUAGAAUUUAAAAUGUACAGUUAUUUGAAUUGUUUGUAAUAUGAAAUUAAAUCAAAGCAGUUUGUUCACAUAAAUGUGCUCUACAGUUGAAUAAGUUAUUAGAUUAGAAAAAUAUGAUAUCAUAACUGAAAGAACUAUAUUGCUGAAUGUGUUUUUCUUUCAAACUCCAACUAAAUAAUAAUAUUAUUUAAAGUGCUUUACAGUAUAUAGGCCUAACUAUUUAACUUUACAAUGAUUUUGAUGGGAAUUUGAUGUGUCAAGUGAAUUUGUCAUAUGAC